AUGCUGAAUAAGGAGAAUCCAAUUACAAAUAAACACCGCUCUGAAAAUAGUCCAGAGCACUCUGAUACUAGUCCAGAGCACUCCCAUGCAGAGCACUCUCAUACUAGUCCAGAGCACUCCCAUGGAGAGCACUCCCAUGCAGAGCACUCGCACUCCCAUACACACUCUGGGAGUAUAUUGCAUCACCAUCAUUCAAUGCAUGAACCAAAUGUGUUCCUCCAAGCUAACGCGUCGUCGGUAAAGACAAAUCCAGCUGUGAGAAUCACUUGGUUAGGACUUUUGGUCAAUAUCAGCUUGGCAAUUUCUAAAGGUAUUGGUGGUGUUUAUUUCCAUUCACAGGCCCUUAUUGCUGAUGCAAUACACUCAGUAAGCGAUAUGCUUGCCGAUUUCCUAACAUUGGCCACCGUCAACGUGGCUUCCAAAAUUGGAACUUGUACAAAAUUCCCCUUGGGGUAUGGCAAAAUAGAAACAAUAGGAUCCUUCGCCAUAAGCGCAAUCCUCUUGUUUGCCGGUAUCUCUGUUGGAUGGUCCUCAAUGUUGCAAGUUUUUGAGUUUUUCCUUCCUGCCCAAUUGUACGAAAUUGCCGCUAGCAUCCAAAUCGGUCACACUCAUGCACAUACCCAAAUCGGAAGAGGAAACGAAACUGCAAAUGCCCAUGACCAUCUACAUAAUCACUUGCAAACAACUCCAAUAAAUACAGAGUUAACUACUCAUAGAGAAAUUCCAAAUAUAAAUGCCGCUUGGUUGGCAGCAGGCUCAAUUGUGAUUAAAGAGAUUUUGUACAGAAAAACAAUGAAAAUCGCAACCGAAACAAACUCAAAAGUGUUGGUAGCUAAUGCCUGGCACCAUAGAGUUGAUUCGUUAACAGCGGUUGUGGCUUUGCUCACUGUAGCUGGUGGCGUUCUUUUCAAUGUCGCAUGGCUAGACUCUAUUGGUGGGAUCGGAGUGUCUAUUCUCAUUAUCAAAGCAGGGUGGGAUACUAUGAAAGAGGCUUGGUACGAGUUGAUAGAUCGCGGCGAACAACCGGGAUCUGAAUUAUACGAUAAAGUGGAAAACAUUGUCAAGCAUCAACUCGAAAAUAACCAUGAAUUAAACCAAUUUAAGUUGAAGCUGUUAGCGGUAUUAUCGUCGGGUGCAAAUACAAACAUUAACUUUACUUUGAUCACUGAAAACAAGUCUAUUGAUUUGCUCACAUUGAACAAAUACGAAACAAUAUUGAAAAACUUGAUAAAAGAUGACGAUAAAUUUGUUAGAAAUGUGUUUAUAACAUUCGAAGUAACUCCACAAGAAGAAAAGGUGGAAUCCGAAGAAAAAAAUGAAGAAAAACACUAG